AUGAGUCUGGUUAAUGGGAAUUCUUUCCUCUUAGAACUUGUACUAUCUUGGGUGGUGUUAGGAGAAGCGACCACCGUACCAACGUCAGCCGAUGACAAUAAAGUCAGCUUGAUUCCAAAGAUCAAGGUCGAAAUCUUUAACUAUCUGCCUGAUGGGGCGAACCUUAACAUCCACUGCAAAUCGGGGGAUGAUGAUCUUGGGAAUCAAGUGGUCCGGUCGGGCGAGAUAUACUCAUUUCAGUUCAGGGUUAACUUCUGGGGCACCACAUUAUUCUUCUGCGGGGCAUCAUGGCAAGGCGGGCAGGUCGAGUUUGAUAUCUUCAGGGUCAAGAGGGACAUCACAUUGGGUAGGUGCUAUGAUCUCUGCAGGUGGGAGGCGCACAAGGAUGCUAUCGUCGGAUUGAGAAACGAUGGCACUGAUAGACCCAAUCUUUUUUUUCCUUGGAAGCACCAAAGUUGA